AUGUCGAGCAAUGCACCACCACGUAAAUCUGUAUUUCGACGAGCUAUCGGCCCAUUGUUCAAAGUCGUUGUUGUGACCUCAAUCGUCGGCAUGGGAUAUGCGAUUUGGGUAGCUAGACACCCGCCUCCUCAAAAAGAAUGGGAUCCAUCAAAGAAGACUCUGGCAGUGCUAGGCACUGGCUGGGGUGCAACAUCAUUUCUGAAGCAACUUGAUAAUGACGAUUAUAAUGUGAUAGUCAUCUCUCCAAGGAACUUUUUCUUGUUUACUCCAUUGCUGCCUUCCUGUACUGUUGGAACAGUCGAACUGAGGUCUAUAAUGACACCUAUUCGACACUUUACGCGUUUCAAGAGGAGAGCAGUCAAGUUUGUGGAAGGUGACUGUGUAGAUAUUGACCCAACUGCUCAAACUUUGAUGAUCGAGGACAAUUCUGAAGUGAAGGGUGCCACUGCUUCCCAAAAGAUCAAGUAUGACUAUCUCGUAGUGGCCGUAGGAGCUGAGAAUGCCACAUUCGGUAUACCUGGAGUGAAGGAAUACGCUUGUUUUCUCAAAGAGACUUGGGACGCUAGGAAGAUUCGCACGAGGUUGAUGGACUGUCAAUCACAAGAAGAAAUUGAACGACUCCUCCAUAUGGUAGUAGUUGGUGGAGGUCCUUCUGGCAUCGAAUACGCCGCGGAACUACACGAUUUCUUGGUCGAUGAUCUCCAGGACUGGUUCCCAGAGAUCUCCGGUCAAAUCUCGAUAACUCUCGUUGAAGCCAUGCCACACGUCCUUCCCAUGUUUAGCAAACAACUCAUCGAUUAUACAGAAAAGACGUUUGCCGAAGAAAAAGUCAACAUACGAAACAAUACCGCAGUCAAAGAGGUCAAGGAGAAGAAGCUGGUGGUGCAAGAUACCAAAACCAAGGAAAUGUUUGAUAUCAACUAUGGAUUACUCGUCUGGGCUACUGGAAACGCUCCACGGUCUGUCGUAUCAAAUCUCAUCAAGAAGCUGCCAUCUGAUCUGCAAAACCAACGCCGAGGGUUGGUAGUUGACGAAUUCUUCAAAGUCAAAGGUGCUGCCAAUAUGUUUGCCCUUGGCGACGCAUCAGCAACGAAAUAUGCCGCAACAGCUCAAGUGGCUUCUCGUCAAGGGGAGUAUCUGGCUUAUGAGUUCAAACAGAUGGCCAGGCAAGAGAACGAACGACAGCGCUUGGUAUCAGAAGGGAAACUUUCCGAUUCCAAGAAGGUGUCCUUAUCGAUCGAACCUUUUGAAAACGUCACUUUCGGGACAUUGGCUUAUAUAGGUAGUGGCCAGGCAAUAGCAGAUCUUCCUGGUGGUGUUGCGCUUGGUGGAGCACUCACAUUCUACUUCUGGCGAAGUGCCUACAUGAGCAACUUGUUUUCGUGGAGGAAUCGAGCUUUAGUCGCUUUCGAUUGGACCAAAGCUACGUUAUUUGGUCGAGAUGUCAGUCGAGAAUAA